GCCAGCCAAACUGACACAUGCGAUCGGCAGUCCAUCAACGGUUCGCCAGCUUCCAGCUGCUCGCGCCAAAUACGACACGCGGCGCGACCUAGAUUUAAUUACAGAACCCGCUGCUUGAGGUAGCCAAAGCACAAGCUCUGUUUCAGUAUCACUAUUGAGCUGCUUCGCGCGCUUUUUGCUCACAAUCCUCGCUAGACUCAAAACUCCUACCUUACCAUGCCGUUCAUGUUUGGCAAGCCCUCCUCAAACGACGACCAGCCAUUAGACAUGUACUCGCUUUCUCCUCUAAGCCGCAACACCAAUUCGCUGAUGCCCGCGGCAGCGGUCCCUCAGCACUUGGGCGACACCGCGCCGCUCCCCAGCUCCUCGCGUGCAUUCGCCUUCCCGCGGCCCGCCGCGAGCCAGGGACUCGCCACUUCCGCCCCCGUGCCACCGCCUGGCUACCCGGCCCUUGGCCCUCACCCCUGGGCCCAUCAGCAGCCCGCACCUCACCCGCCCCACCCCGCCUACGCCAGCGCGGCCUACACCAGCGAUGCCACGUACCCAGUGGCCGGCGGCGCCUUCCCGCCACCCCCACCCCCCGUCGGCCCCCCGCGGCACAGCGGCGGCGCCAGCAGCAAGCCCGGCGCCGCCGCCGCCACUGCCACAAGCCUGCUGCAAGCGGCGCCGGUUACUGGCUACCCCGCAGCCGGCAGCGGCGCCGCCACGACGGCAGCUGUAGCACUGCACCCGCACCAGCACCCGCAGCAGUGGCAACCCGCCUACCCAGCCCAGCCGCAUUACUCGACAGCAGCGGGGGGCCAGUCGCCCGCCCUGCCAUUCCCCGCCACGGGAUUGGCCGUGUCAGCCGGCCACCCGUCGUACCCACACGCGCCGCUGCCCUCCCACCCCGCGCAGCAGCACCCGAGCAGCAGCAGCAGCAGCAGCAGCAGCCACGGCGGCGGCCGUGUGCGUCUGGGCCACAGCGUGGUGCACUCGGUGGGCGGGCUGGCUCGUGGCGUGCUGACGGUUGGCGCGGCGGGGCUGACGGCGGCGGCGGCGCGGGUCGACAAGGCCCUGGUGCGGGUGGAGCAGCGGCACGAGCGGCGGGCGGCGCGCAAGGCGGCUAAGCACAUGGCGUGCUGAAAACAGAUCUGAGUUGUAGGGGCAGAGCUGACUUGCAAUGGCAGCUAGCAUGGUGCGUGGUAUUGCGGGAAGGUUGCAACUGUGUAUCGAUGGCUUCAUGCGCCGAUGCACGUGAGUAUAGUAUGGCAUCUGCCGGACGAUUGCUUAAUUUAUAUAGUUCAAGGGCUACCGAUGGGGCGCGUUGGUUGUUUAUUGUUUGCAGCGUAGCCAGCAGGCAGCACUGGCACCUGCCGUUAAUUGCGUCGGUGCCGUUGCCACUAUGAAUUGUGUUGGUGCCAGGUCGCGAGUCAUGUUACGAUAGUAGUAGGGACGUAUGGGGCAUCGCGGUAGUGACAGAAGGGACGGCUGCACGACUGCAGUGCAGUCACACACUCGGUUGCAUGCGCAGACUGCAGACACACACACAUAUGCACCCUGUAAACAACCAUGGAG